AUGACUUCAAAACUUGCUCAAUUCGGAAAACGUCAUAUUGCUAAAGGCAUUGGUCGAAGUACAGAACUUGUUAUUGAAAAAGCAAAAGGAACUUAUGUUUGGUCAGUUGAAGGAAAGAAAUAUCUUGACUUGACCACUGGUAUUGGUGUCACUAAUACAGGACAUUGUCACCCUACUGUUGUGAAAGCUGUUCAAGACCAAGCUGCCACUUUAACUCAUGGUCAAGUCAACAUCUUUUAUCAAAAACCAAUGUUAGAUUUAAUUGAAGGGUUAAAACCCAAGAUGCCUCAUUCUUCUUUGGAUACAUUCUUUUUUUGGAAUUCUGGCUCUGAAGCUGUAGAAGCCGCCGUCAAGUUAGCUCGUCAUGCUACCAAGAAACAAAAUAUCAUUGUUUUCCAAGGUUCUUAUCAUGGUCGUACCAUGGGUACUAUGGCUUUGACUACUUCUAAAACUGUUUAUGCUAAAGGAUUUGGUCCUUUGAUGCCUGGUGUUCAUGUAUGUGCUUAUCCUUAUUUUCAACAAUGGGCUGCUCAUAAGGCGGAUCCUGUGAAAUUCAAUGCUGAAUGGUGUGGUGAAGAGGCUUUACAUCAAUUGGAUCUUGUUCUUAAACAAAGAAGUGAUCCUGAAGAUACAGCUGCUAUUUUGAUUGAACCUGUUCAAGGUGAAGGUGGUUAUGUUGUUCCUCCAAAGAAUUUUAUGAAGGGUCUUCGUGAAAUAUGUGAUAAACAUAAUAUUCUUUUAAUUUGUGAUGAAGUUCAAUCUGGUUUUGGUCGUACUGGUAAAAUGUUUGCUGUAGAACAUUUUGAUGUUCGUCCUGAUAUCAUGGUGAUGGCUAAAGGUAUUGCUUCUGGUUAUCCUUUAUCUGCUAUUGUAUCUACUAAAGAAUUAAUGGAUACUCAACCUCCUGGAUCAAUGGGUGGUACUUAUUCUGGAAAUGCUGUAGCAUGUGCUGCUGCUAAUGCUACAUUACAAGUAUUUAAAGAUGAAAAUAUUUUGGCAAAUUGUAAUGCUAGAUCUGAACAAUUCUUUUCCACUUUGAAAGAAAAGAUUCCCAAAUUAUUACCUGAUAAUAUCAAGGUAGAUAUUCGUGGUCUCGGUUUAAUGAUCGGUAUUGAAUUCUUAAAUGCUCCUAAAGGAUUUGCUAAUGCUGUUGCUAAUGAAGCUUUCAAUUUGGAUACUAUUGUUUUGACUACUUCUAUUUAUGAAACUCUUCGUUUGAUUCCUCCUCUUAAUAUUACUAAAGAAGAAACUGAUUUGGCUUUGGAUCGUAUCAUUUCUAGUAUUGAAGCUGCUAGUAAAAAAUUGUAA